UAGGGAACAAGUUGGGGGACCCUGGGGCUCUUUGGGAGGGAACAGGUUGGGGGGAGAUUUGUUCUGGGUUAUGGAUGAAGGCACAGGCCGUAAGGGUGUCUCAGGAUUGGGGAGAGAGAUACUUCGUGGAGAUGCCUCACCGUAUAUGGGAUAACACAUUGGGAGGUUUCCGGGCACAAUGGGAAAGGGACAGGUUGCAAGGAGAGGGGUGUCCCAGGACUUUGUAUAGGGGAACGGUUCGGGGUGGGUGUCCCUGGACUUUGUGUGUGUAUGUGCUUGUGUGUGUGUGUAGCGUCACUCGAGGUGUCCUGGAACUGUGGGGAUCACCUGGCUUCUUCCUGUUGGAGAACGGACUGUUAGGCCUUUGGCAUCCAGGGGGAAAGUACUGACCACGUACAAGCCGCAGAUGCCCAGGCCCCAAUUCUGCAGGCUCCUUCAUUCUGCGGCUCCGGCCCCUGGGCUGUGGAGAUGUCAAGCCAGUUGGGAUUGCCUCACUCGGGUGCCUCCUCCCAUCUUCGCUUUUGAUCAUGUCUCUACAGCCUUAGAAAUAAGGAAUCUUUAUACUUCUACAGAUAUGUCAGUCUUUAAGCAAAUCCAGUCUACAAUCCUUGAGUUUAUUCAAAAGCUUAAAUUAGGGAUCUCUUAAAAAAACCUGAAUUUCCCAGUUGAUUUCCAAUGGGAUUCUUUGAGAGGACAAGCUCCCCCAUGCAGUUAACACUAGUUGGUUUAUGGAAGAUCUGCUUAAUUCGACAAAUGUUGAGUUAAAUUGUCCACUAUGCUCAAAGCACUGUUGUGGGGAAUCUCAGAGAAGAGCAAGACAAGGCCCUAACCCUCCAGGAACCUUGUCUAGCUGGGAAGAUGAGACAGAUACCUGUGAAAUAGGCAACGAUUUUAGGAGAGAACUGUUGGCUGAUGACUGAGCUUUCACUAUUGUGCUGCACUUUCUGACGUGAUGGGAUCAGGCAGACCAGCCUCAGCCUGUGUUCAUCUAGCAUCUAGUGUCCAACUGGAUGGGAGGAGUGACCCCAGGAAACUUCCGACCCAGAACCAGCUGCAGUUUAAUAGGAAUGUUCCUACACAUUCAAGCAACUUGGCAAUCCGAUAUUCUUGCCCACAUGGAAUUAGAAUUGAAAAACUGAAGCCCUCAUACAAUGAGUCAUACCAUUGUAGAGAUUCGGGUUUUAGAGACGGUCCUGACCUAAGCAGUUCUGUUUCAUUUUCUGUCAUAUCAGAAGAGAGACUUAGCUAUGCCGUCCAUCUAGCCAAAAGAGAUGUAAAACGAAGACAACUUGAAGAACAUAUAAAAGAACACCAUCUCAGAAGUCAGCCCCAAAUCUUUCAGAAAUGUGGACACUCUAACCAUAAAAUAUCUGACCAUAGAGUGGAAAGGAAGGAAUCAAAGAGUCGGGAAGUCUGUCACGGCAGCCGCCAGCCAUCCAAAGUAGAAAUUUCCAGCUCAGGUGCCAAGGUAUACCUGUACACAUCUCAUCCAGGACAGUCAGACCUCACCAUGCCAAAUUCGCCACCCACUCGUGAUCCAGGACUUCAGCCACAUGCCAGGAUAGGUGACCACAAAAGCCUAUGCGGACACAAAAGCCUGCUGGAAGUUCAGCGACUCCAGAAAGAAUUGAGCAGUUGUAUCCAUAAAAUUGAAGAAUUAACUAAAAAAGAUCGCACGGAAGAAGCUUUGGAUCCAGAUGAAGAGCGGAGAAUCCGUGUCAGGAGGCAGGAGCAGGCCGUCCGUUCUGCCCGAAUGCUCUACGUCCUCCAGCAGCAGGUUAAAGAAAUCCAGGAAGAAUUGGAUAAAUUGAGUCCACAUAAAAUUAAACACACUAAGAAGUCAUGGGCAGUGUCCAGGCUGGCAGCUGCCCAUCGAGGAGCCAUUCGGGCCUUACAGAUGUUUGUUAAUCAGUUUACUGACCGGGUGGAGCACCCAGUUCCUACUUGGUGCAAGGAACUGGGCAGUCUCAUCCGCCAGCUUUCACUCUGUUCUGCCAAGCUGGAGGCCAAUUCUUCUGUCCCUGAUGUGGUGAUAGAUAUCCUGCAACAAACUGAGGCUUUGGAAUCCCUCCUGGAAAAGACACUGUCACCAAAAAAGGCAAAGAAAUGUUUCAGUGAAAUUCGGAGCAGAUUUCCUAUUGGUAGCCAAAGGGCCUUAGAGAGAUGGCAAAGUACAUCACCAAAGAGUGAGAGGAGGCCCUUCGUAGCAAAGGAGAUAUUUCCACAGGAAACAAGAGGACCUUCAGUGGCAAAGAAGCUUCUUGCUGAUAAGUAUCAACCUGAUACAGAGCUUCCAAUGACCCAGGGGUUGGAAAACGAGCUUGAUGUAUUAGAUGCGGAUAUCCUUCCGGAAGAAGCUCCAUCUAUUGUAGACCAAAAUGCGAACUUCAAAGAAGAGGCAUUAGCCCUGGCAAAAACAAGAGCAGGGAAAAAGAAGCUUGUGACUGAGAAUGUGCCACCCUUUAGGAAGAAAGAUACUCUGGCACCAGCAAGACUACAGCAAGGACUCCACAAAGCUGGAAAAAGUAGACCACCCCAAUGUUACAGCAAAGGCAGGUUGCAACGGACAACAGUCUCCUCCAGGUUAAAACUGAACCAGCAGCCUGUGAAGAACCAUAGGGCUCCUGGGAUACCUCCAAACCCCACAUCCCCACUGGCAUCUCCUAGAUGUGCUGCCUGGCUAAAGGUGAAACCUAGCCCCAAAGAUGCCGCAAAAGAACAGUCUCUCCAGCAAGAAGAUACUCAAGAGGAAAGUCAGUUGAGAGGUGCUGUUGAGCACGAAGCAGUGAGACUCACUUGGCUUGAUGCUGAAACUUCCAAAAGAUUAAAGGAAUUAGAAGAAUUAAAAGCGGAAGAAAUGGACAAAAUGCAAAAACAGAGGCUCAAUUGGCUUGAUGCUGAAACUUCCAGAAGAACAAAGGAAUUGAAUGAACUCAAAACUGAAGAAAUGGAUAGACUUCAAAAACUGAGUGUUUCUGCCACCCACUUAGCGGAUAAGGUAGAGAAGGCAGUUCUGGAGCGUUUGAAGCCUCUCCUGGUCAAGGCCCAGAGAGUCAAUUCUUCUCUGGAAGCAGAUGCUCAUUUGAAGGAUCGGCUCUCAGUGAUCGCAGCAACAGCCCGGCCGGCAGAGAAGGCUACAGCUAUUGAUUGUGAAUCCAGUAGCAUUCAUCAGCUGGAUGAUUUUUUGGAAGAUGCCGCUCACGAGCUCUGGGCUGUGACUCACUCUAAGAUCUCGGAGCCUGAGGCCUUAGCCACCUGGGGGGACAGCGAGGACAGCCCACGUCUGGAGGCCAUGAUGCUCCGCAUGGAGGAAAUGGAAAAAUACCAGGAGAUGGUUCGCCAAAGAUAUAAUAAAAUUGUAUAUACUGAUCCUCAUCUUUGGAUGCAGGAAGAAAAAAAUGACCAAAAAAUCCCAGCAGUAAGUGAAAGGUGUCUUUCUCCUCAUCCAAUCAGGAUCACAAAGACAGCAGCUCGCAAAGACCCAGAUGUGAACAUCGUGUUAGAAAGGCCCUGCAAUGGCACUUCCCUAGAUGAAAGUGUGGGAACAGAGGAGAGACCGGAGAAGAGAGAGACUCCCCUCCUCUCCCUUUCAGAAGGUGCUCAGCAGAGGAAAGGCCGAGCUGCCCUCUUUGUCCCGCGGGGCAUGCGGCACAGCAUCAGUGACUACUGCCGCCGCUUCGAGCAGUACCUCCGAGUUAUUGCGCACGAGGCUGUGGGCACCUUCAACCCGUGGCUGAUAGCUGAAAGCUUUGCAGAAGAGCUUGUAGAUGAAGCUCUGGGGGCCGUGGCUGCUGAACUUCAGGAUGUGUGUGAAGAUUAUGCAGAAGCCGUGUUCACCUCAGAAUUCUUGGAGGCGGCUACAUAAAGGCUCUCCAAGGUGGGGCCCCCAGUGUCACUGGUGAGGGGACGGCACCACCCUUUCUACUAGCCACAGGAAAUCUUUGUCCUCAGCUGUCCAUCCAGGCCCAGAAGGUGCUGCCCACUGAAAGGAAGGAAGUGCCAGUGAGGCCAUCCCCACUUUGCAUCUUCUCAUUGUCAGAGCAAUGGUUCUGGUAGUUUAUGAUGGAAUGUGUUAUAUUUAUCAGUGCCCAGGAAACGUGAAUCAAUUAUGACUAUAAUAUUUUCUGAAUGUAUAAUUUUCCCAUUGAAAUACCAUGUUCAUUACACUGGCUCAGUUUGGUGAUCAGAACGUUUUGAAAGAUAACAGAUAAGUCUGUUUCACACAGGGAUUCAAGUUGCUGUUGAUCUGUGGGUGGCCUUGAUGCCAGCACAAGUGCAAUUACUCUCUGGUCCCAUCACCUGGCUCGUGUUUGCUUCUUUGACAGUUUCCUACCAGGACACCUGUCCUGCCGGGUUACAGACUAGUGUCGAGCACAGGACUUAGUUAUGCUGCCAAAACUCUGCUCCAUCAUUAAGAUAGGAACCCAGCAGUUAUCUGUGUACAACAAUAAACACACAUUUCUCUAAUUCUCCGUUACUAGGUGCUUCCUCACAUUUUGAGUUCCUCAAGUCUUCUGUCGCUGUGGGUUGACACAUUCUGAUAUACAGAACUCUGAAUUCAGAGGAAGUUUGAGGACAUCAGGAGAGGCCGGCCUUCUUCUGGGGCCUGGUCAGAGGUACAGAGCUCACCCCCCUCUCUGCCGAGGUCACAGGUUGCUGUGUUUCCACACCAAAAAGGAGCCUGUGUGGGAGGAGAAAACAGAUCUGGAUAGUGUGAAGACCACAGGGUCUCCCCCAAGAAAGGAAGAAACUUUAAGAACCACAAUAGCUUGGUCCUCGAACGUCUUAUAAGUCAUAUUUUACCAAGAGAAAAGCCUCUGUGUUUUCAGAAACUCUGGAUUCAGAAAAAGAAAAGGAAUGUGUAUAAAAUAAGGCCACUGCCUUGAAAAAGUUUCCCUCACUUUUUUGCCUGGGGCUUGGUGAAAGAAAUGUGGAGAACGAGUGAUGUGAGACAUACCCCACAGAAUAAUGUGAAUCCUUUUAUAGCACAUAUAGUGUUGUCAUCUGGGAUUUUUCUCUGAAGUACAAGUAUUUCAGGUGAUAAUUUAAGCUGCUUGAUCACACUUAUUUGUGCAAAAUUGAUUUUUGUUUAAUGUUAAUGUUUUCCUGCUUAAUUUUAUAUAAACUCAGAAUUUAAAAGGCUUCAAGGGAAAUUAAAGGUCCUCUAUUUGAGGAAUUAUAUACGUACACUUGAUAGGAGUGUCUGUUAUUGAUAAUUUGUGUGGCAGUUUUGACUGUGCUCAUUUUUUAAAUAAACUCAAUAUUUUAAAGUAUGUGCAUGUCGGUUUGAAAAAAUUUACA